AUGGCCACCCUCAAACCUCCUCCAGCGCAGCACCGCUCAUCCUCGUCCUCGCAUACCCCAACCGGUCCACCAAAGGCUCCUCUCAAAGCUGAUCCCUCAGCCACCAUCGCGGACACGGCUGUCUUCCAGGGAACAUACCCCGUAACCAUCGGCGCAGGCACGGUCAUUCACCCACGGGCGCGAUUCUAUGCCUUUGAAGGCCCGAUAUCCGUGGGAGACGGGUGCAUUAUCAGCGAAAAGGCAAUUAUCGGCGCUGCGCCGGGUACAUUAGCGUCGACCAGGCCAUCACCGUCGUCUUCGACGGGUCCAUCUCCAACAGGGCCGUCUCCAGCAUCCUCAUCUACGGACCUCUCAUUAUCCUCGCCGCAAAUUCAAGGGCAACCACAGGAUCUUGCCACCCGCAUCUCCUACUUCGUUACAAUCGGUCCACACUCCACAGUCCUCCCCGGCGCAAAUGUUCAUUCCUCCGCUACCAUCGAAUCCCUCGUCACGAUAAACCGAUACGCAGACAUUGGUGCACACUCCAAGAUUUGCUCCGGUUGCCAGAUCCCCCCAACGGGUCCGUCGCUGAAUGGACGGUCGUAUGGGGGUCUGGAGUUGGACAACGGCGAAAGCGAGGCCGUACUGCGAUGGAGCCUGCGCCGGCGGUUGUGGUUGCGGCGCAGGUUGCGCAGUUACCUGUGCCCCCGCCAGCUCCGGAAGGGAAGAUCAUCGAGGAUGCGAGGUUGA